UCUAUAAUAUCAUACGUUUGCCGCAUUCCCAGGUUUCUCUCACCUGCAGUGCAACCACCUAGACCACGGCCCAGCCCUCUGUGCAGUGAGAUUUUUCACUACGCCACAAUCCUCCAUCUUCGCUCUUACACUUUGGGUGUUGACACUUCUUCCAUGUUGCUUCUGCUUGACUCCACCACUAAGAUGGAAAGCAACUUUUUGUUCUUUCUGGUUGUAGCUUUCAUUGGCACCUCCAUCGUUUUACUUCUUCCUAACCAGAGGAGGAGAUAUGCAUUUGGGAAACCCAUCCAUUUCCGCCACCGACGAGCAACUUCGGGUUCCAAAACUCCGCCCAGGUCGCUCUCACCCGGUAAGAUCCGAAGUGGAAAUGUGACUGAUCCAGAUUACUCGGGUGUUUACCCGCCAUCUCGACGGUUCGUUUUGGCCAAUAUACCAGGACUAGCACAAAACUUGGAUAAGACAGUGGAGCAACUUUCCAACUAUCCUGAGAAAAAAGGAGAAGAUGUUCCCUUUUUAUCUGAACUCCAAGAUGCGAAGAAGACCAUGAUGACACCGUGUGGGUUUUCCGUGGAGGAAAUCAAGGCAUUGGGAGACUUUCCUGAUUACGCUUCUCUUAGCGGUAUUCCUCUUCCAGGACCAUACUUGAAUUUCGACAUAUCGAGAGCGAAACCCCGGCCGUACAGACCAUUUCGAUGGUCAUAUCAUCAAACCAUGUCGAUCACGAAGAUGGAAUCCGAGUGGUGGCUGGAGCUCGAAAGUACAUACAAGGGACGAGUUAUGGAGCGGCAAGAGUUAUUUCGGAGACACGGAAAGGGCGUACUAGAUGCACUUCCCGGCUCCCAAUUCGCCUGCAAAGAACUCAUGGAAAUGGUCUUGCAGUUCCUAUGCGCUCGGUACCCCCAACACUUUCGUUUGAACACGGAGGCAAUGAUUUUCCACAAUGACUUGCUCGGGACUAAGUCGAACUUGAAGGCUAUGCAUCCGCUUCAUGUUCUUUUGAAUAAUAUCCCCGAAGAUUUUGCCAUCAUGAUACGCGACCCAGACAACGGCUACUACUCAUUUCGAGCGGGUAUCAUAUGCAGCGCAUUGGGUUGGAAUCUAGGCUCAAAGAUUGGCAUGUCCCUUCGUGAAAUCCACAGCCCGAUUCCUGACUAUAAGGAGAAAAUGCAGUUCUCAAUGGAUCGAUAUUUCGCAAAGAAACCCACCCACAAGGCAAUACAGCGGGGGUCUUGGGGUCUGGAGGUCGACCAGCCGCUAUACAUGCCUCCAGGUGAUCCUCACGAAAAGCAUCGUGACAUGCAAAUGAACGACCUUGAUAUUUCACGGUGCCAUCUGCGAGUCGAUUGGCAGACCUUGCGUCGGAUGCCCUUGUCAGGUGCCGUGGUAUUCAAUUUCAAGGCGCUCUUUACUCCAGUGGAGAGUUUCCGAGAAGAGCCCUUCGUUCCAGCACUUGUAUUGAAGGUCUUGAACGAGAGCAAGCGCAGCUUGAUGGAAUACAAAAAUACUUGGCACGUUGAACAUGUCGUCAAACCAGCCCUCGAAGAGUAUGCGAAAGAGCAAGUGGAAAAAGGAUUAGUGCCGGAGGACUGGGAAGUUCAAACUCUGGACGAAAGCCCAUGGUUUCCUGGAUGGGAGGAGAAAUGGAAACGCGAGCAAGGUUUCUGAUCGC